CACCCCGGAAACUUCCCCCUUCCCGGCCCGGGAGCCCGGCCAUGGGCCCUGCGCCUCCUGGGCCUGGGCUCGGAGCGCGGGGCGAGCGGAGGCGAUGGCCUCAGCGGGGAAGCCCCCGGCACCCCCUCCCCCCCACCCCAGCGCACUUCCAACCCCGGGUUUCCAUCUGAGAGCCCCGCCCCGCAGCUGUGGGGGCGCGGCGACGUCCUGCGAGGCCUCCCAGGAGUUCUGGGUCCCCUGGGUUGCCGUGGGGCUGGGGGCGGGGUAGGAGGUGGAGCCAGACUGCCUGAGUUCAAGUCUUUGUGCCACCAGCUAACAGCUGGAUGACCUUAAGUUCUUGAAGUCUGUGUCUCAGUUUCAUCCUUUAUAAAGUGGGAAUGAUGACUCCUAGCUGGGACAGCUUUUGAGAGGGAGCUGUGACAGGUGCCUCCCAUCAGUCUGAGCUGUGAGUGGCAGGUGGAGAGAGGUCCACUCAGAAAGCCAGCCCCACCAUGAGUCUGUGGGAACUUGACAGCCACAGCUGCCAAGGUACCCCGAGGCCGGCUCAGGAGCCCAGCACUGAGGAGACACCGGCUGUGGAGCUGCAGAUGAAGGUUGAUUUCUUCCGGAAGCUAGGCUACUCAUCCGCUGAGAUCCACAGUGUCCUGCAGAAACUGGGGGUGCAGGCCGACACCAACACAGUGCUGGGCGAGCUGGUCAAACAUGGGUCAGCAGGCGAGCGGGAGCGCCAGGCCUCCCCGGACCCCUGCGCUCAGCCCCCCCUGGUCCCCCGGGGUGGGGGCACCCCCAAGGCACCCACCCUGGAGCCCUCACCCCCAGAGGAGAACAAGGAAGGCAGUGACCUGAGACCUGUGGUCAUCGACGGUAGCAACGUGGCCAUGAGCCACGGGAAUAAGGAGGUGUUCUCUUGCCGGGGCAUCCUCCUGGCAGUGAACUGGUUUCUGGAGCGGGGCCACACAGACAUCACGGUAUUUGUGCCAUCCUGGAGGAAGGAGCAGCCUCGGCCCGAUGUGCCCAUCACAGACCAGCACAUCCUGCGGGAGCUGGAGAAGAAGAAGAUCCUGGUGUUUACCCCGUCCCGGCGCGUGGGUGGCAAGCGUGUGGUGUGCUACGAUGACCGCUUCAUCGUGAAGCUGGCUUUCGAGUCUGAUGGGGUCGUGGUCUCCAACGACACGUACCGGGACCUGCAGAGCGAGCGGCAGGAGUGGAAGCGCUUCAUUGAGGAGCGGCUGCUCAUGUAUUCCUUCGUCAAUGACAAGUUCAUGCCCCCCGAUGACCCUUUGGGCCGUCACGGGCCAAGCCUGGACAACUUCCUGCGCAAGAAGCCGCUCACAGCGGAGCACAGGAAGCAGCCGUGUCCCUACGGGAGGAAAUGCACCUACGGGAUCAAGUGCCGAUUCUUCCACCCGGAGCGGCCGAGCCGCCCGCAGCGCUCCGUGGCUGACGAGCUCCGCGCCAAUGCCCUCCUCCCACUCCCCAGGGCCCCGGGCAAGGACAGAAGCGGCCAGAGGCCCUCACCCUCGUCCCAACCCGGCCCUGGGCCCACAGAGCAUGAGCAGUGCAGCCUGGACGGGAAGAAGCUGGGAGCCCAGGCAUCCCCGGGGCCGCACCGAGAGGGUCUGACACAGCCCUUCGCCCCAGCCGGCCGGAGCCUCCCGCCUGGUGGGGGCAGUGGCAGCAGCUUUGGGCCAACAGACUGGUUCCCACAGACGCCGGAGUCUCUCCCGUACACGUCCCAAGAGUGUCUGGACUCAGGCAUCGGCUCCCUGGAGAGCCAGAUGUCCGAACUCUGGGGGGUUCGCGGAGGGGGCCCUGGUGAGCCCGGCCCGCCUCGGGGCCCUUACGCCGGCUACAGCCCCUACGGGGCCGAGCUCCCAGCCGCUCGGGCCUUCUCUGCCUUUGGAGGGGCCGUGGGUGCCGGCCACUUCAGUGUCCCUGCUGACUAUGCCCCCCCGCCGGCUGCCUUUCCACCUCGAGAGUACUGGUCUGAGCCGUACCAGCUGCCCCCGCCCACCCCAGUCCUGCAGGACCGGCAGGUGCCAGGCCCGGGGGCUGACAGGGGCCCAUGGGGCGGGGCUGGCAGCCUAGCCAAGGAGCGAGCCAGCGUGUUCACCAAGCUGUGCGGGGUCUUCCCCCCGCACCUGGUAGAGGCUGUGAUGGGGCGCUUCCCGCAGCUCCUGGACCCCCAGCGGCUAGCUGCAGAGAUCCUUUCUUACCAGCCCCGGCACUCCAGCAAGUGAGCUGGCUGCGCGGCGGCAGCCACCCCCAAGGCUAGACUGAGGGAGGACUGAAGUAGGGAAGGGAAACUGCAAACCAAAGAGAACUGUAGGAUUGGUUCUGGCCCCCCGGCGCCUGGAGCCGGCUGCCGAGUGGGGCAGGAGCGAUCGCCCUGUUGAUGCACAUUGUAUCUGUAGUUUAAGGAGACGCUGCCGUAAAGGCAUCAGUCCGUGGCUGAAGCCCAAACCCCCCUUUCUCUCAGAGGGCGGGGAGGGAGGCGGUGGGGAGCAGAGGCCUGGGCUGGGGGCCCUGUGCACGGCCCCCCACCUCCGCCCCGUCCCUGGGAUGCCGGCCUCGGCUGGCUAGUUAGGCACCGUGUGCCUGCCCUCCAAGGGCCCCUCCGGUACGCCAAUGAGGCCACAUUGGUGCUCUCGCAGGGCACCAGGCUUCAUGUUAGUAAGCAAGAUGCUUCUUAAUAACCCACCUUCCGUCCCACUCUGUUUGCCUGUCUGCUUGCCCCCACUAGGGGUCAAGGGUCCUCUGUCCCCACCCUCUCUUCCCCUUCCUCUGUGCUCCGAGUCACCUCUCCUGCAAGAGUGGGGACGCGUAUGUAUGUGUACAGGUAGAAUGUUAAGUACUUUAAGUGUAAGUCCUUGCCUCCUUUAACAUGUCAGUAAAGUACAAUGUGACCCCUUUAAGAGAUGAUGGUCUUGGUUGUACUUGGGGGUUGAGGGGGCCUUUGAGCAGUGGAAGGUCAGCAGGUGUGCACCUGACCCAAAGCGCUCAGUCCCUUGGGGGCAGAGCCUUCCUUACUGAGGCCGUGGCCCAGGCCUUGAGAGGAGGUGGGGGAAAGUUGGGGAGUUGAAGUCCUGUGGCUGUGGGGUGGCGAGGGUUGGGGGCAGGGGGCGGGAUUGGGCUCUUCCCCUUUUCUGUCCUGUGGCCAGAGCUGAGGACAGAAAACCAUCUGGCUUUCUGAGAAGAGGGCUUCCAGGAUAGUUGAGGAGAGAAGAUGGUGGGGGAGCCCUUGGGUGUUAGGCUCUGGCCCCACCUUCCCAGGCACUGCCAUGUUCUAGACGUGGAGCUCCACCAGAGUGGGGCAGGGGGCGCAGAACAGCCUGGAAAGGCGACGCCGGGGUAGCCUCUGUGCGGGAGGCUAGGGGUCCUGGUCCCAAACUCAGGAGCCAGCUCUGCCACUGGAUUCACUGGGGACAAGUGACUCCCCCUCUCUGGGCCUCAGUUUCCUCAUCUGUAAAGUGGGGAUAAUAACGGUACCUACCUUACAGGAUUGUAGGGAGGAUGUGAGAGUAUGCAUGUUGACCACAUGACCCAAUGCCUGGCACAUAGUAAGUGCUCAUCAAAGGGUCUCUGGUGUUGCUCUCUGUGGGCUGUGUUCACCUCACCAUCUCUACCUUCUCAGCAGCCCCUAAAAGGGAGGAAGCCAGGCAGGAAUAUACAUUUUUCUCAGAUGAAAAAAUGAGAUAUAAAUGCUACAGAUUUUAAGUGAAAAGCUGGGCUGUCGUAUGAUCCCUGAACACCAUCAGCAGGAGAAAAUGGAAAAAAUACAGUUUUAAUAAUUCUAUAUUUGAACAUCUCACCUAAUCUGUACUUGCUGUUUGUGAAGCUUUUAUAGUAUCUGUAUUUUUUUUUUUUUUUUUUUAGAAACUGCUUUACCACAGAACACCUGAGCAGCAUGUUGAGGAAAAUGCCACAUUGGCCCUCUCCCUGCACGCUGGGCCCCCACUGUGUUCUUCACCCUGAACUUUUUUUUUAAAAGAUUUUGAGAGAGCGAGAAGGGAAGAGCGAGUUGGGGGGAGAGGGAGAAAGAGAAUGUCCAAGACUCCCUGCUGAGCGAGGAGUCCAACGUGGGGCUCGAGCCCACAGCCCUGAGACCACGGCCUGAGCUGAAAUCCAGAGUCGGACACUCAACCGACUGCGCCACCCAGGCGCCCCACCCUGAACAUUCUUUAGAAGCCGGCAGUUAAAGCAGGGACCCAGGCGCAAAGUGGGAACGAUCUCCGCCAACGUUUCCUUGAAGCACGUGCUCUUCAAGGUACCCCAUGCCCGUUGGCUUCCAGCCUCCUUGGAAGGUUUUAUCUGCACAAAGAGAUGUCAUUGCCUUCCUUAUAAAAUAUUUUCUCCAAUCGAGUACUGUAUUCCAGAUUAAAAGGCUAUUUACGGGUCUUCCUUUGUUUCUGUGGGUCAGGAAGCUAAAAGCCAGACUGUCCAGGCCAUUAUCAGCCACCGGUGCGGCGAAGGAAGCAAGGCCACUGGCAAGGCCAGGCUGAGUGGUCUGCCUGAGGGCAGGCUGGAGUAGGCCCUCGAGUUUGGGGCCCUGGCUCUACACACCGGAAGAAGGAAGGACCCCCCACACCGGUUUGCAGCAACUCUCAGGCCCGAGAGGGAGGGAGGCAGGGGGCGCCCUCGGCCCCGCACCCACCAAGCCCCCUCCGUCUGUACCCCACGUGGGACGGAGUGGCCCGGAAGGAGAAGUAGGGUGCCCGCGCCCCUCUUCCCAUCCCACCAGCCAGCUGUCCACAGACUCGAGGGCUCACAUUCGGCCCCUGACCAGAGCAGAGCUUUGGGGGUGUGGGGGGAGGGUCCCCCAGGCAGGCGGGCAGCGGGCGGCAGGUCCGGCCGGGAGGGGCUCGUGUCUGGAGGCUGCGUCUGGCCCCGGCUGGCUCUCGGCCGGGCGCCCACGAGGGUGGCAGCGGGCCCGCGGCGGGCGCCGGCUGAGGCUCGAGGCCCGGGGCUCCGUGGGCCUGCGCCCGCGUGCCGUGCUUCCCCGCCGGCCCCCCGGGACCCGGAGCCGCUCCUCCGCGGUGCUCUCUCAAGCUGGCUGCCAGGCCCAAUGCCCAGGGCGUGGGUUUUAACUGGAAGUUCUCCUGACCAGCUCCUGACCAGCUCCUGGCCGGCCCGCCGAAGCACCUGCCCUCACAGGGCCUCGCUCUUCCCGCCAUGGCCCUAGACUGACUAGAAGAUACCUCAGUGCGUGGGGUGCCAGCCUGAGAGGGAAGAGUCCUGGCUGUGGGGCCCCGUGCAACCCCUGCUCCUAGAGCCUCAGCUUCCCGGCCUGCCUCACAAAAGAGGUGUGAGGUUCACACGGGCUCGAGGGAAGGAGAGGUGGCAGGGCUGGAAGGGAGCCUGAGAGCCCACUUCAAGCCACCACAGCGCUGAGGGGACCCCACUCGGAUGGCUGUUGCUCUGCGUGCCCUUUCCUCCUCUGCCUUCCUGGUUCCAGGAGCCGAGACGCUGAUGGGGAAACCUGUGAGUAUGCAAAUCCCUGCACUGUUGGGAAAUGAUCCUGGGGAGCUCCCAGAGGACAGCCUCCUGCCAGCCCCUCCCCAACCCCCGCAGGACCCCCACCUCACCCUGGGGCCCUCACCAGCAGGGGCCUGACCCCGGGUCUUCUUGCGAGGUUAACCCCUGUGCUGGGGGUACAGGGGGACUACGGAACCUUGGCCUCCCCGGCAGAGAACGAACUGGCCCCACAUGGAUGAAACUCUCUUCCUUGGGUGUCCCCACCCACUCUGUCCCCACCCCACUUCACUGGCCAGAGGAAAACCCAGCGGUCCCUAAAGGUCUGGGGAAUUUCAACAAGGAGCCAGAGAGCUCUGAGGCUUCCAGGGAGCGGCUCUCCCAGGCCCCACGCCCCCAGUGUGCUAGCCCCUCAAACAUUGCUGGUCCCCUGCAGGGCGGUCGGUGUGGGGCAGUGACUGCGAAGAGGCCACCGCUGACCACCACUGCUGCCACUUCCUGCCCUACACAGAAGGGCAGGACCCCUGUGCGGAAGGCGGGGCUCAGGUCUCCGCCAGAGAAACUGGGGGUCAGUGGGACACAGAGCUCGGAGUUGGGAGGGGUUGGAGCCAGCACCUCACACCCUGGGCCUCGCUGCUCCCCAAAGGCUCCUGCCCCCAAAUAAGGCAGUCCCCGGACCCUAGCACUUCUGCUCCAGGGCUUCUCAAAUCUCUGGCUCAUUUCUCCCCCACCCCAGACCACAGCAGAGUGGGUGGAGUAGAGGGUGGUGAGUAAGAGCCUGUUUUGGGGACCUCCUUGUUCAUGGGAAGGGUGUGGGAGAUUUGGCUGAACAGACAGGAAGUAGAGCUCUACCAUUAAGGAAACUCAGGCCAUCCCAGGCCAUGGUAUGUAAAUCCUUCCAGCUAGUUCCUGGAUGGGGAGGAGGCCCCCAGGCUGUCAUCCUGGGAUGUCGCCUUUUGAAGGCCAUCUCAAGGCAGGUCCUGGCCACGUUAAAUUGCUCACCCAUCUAAGAAACAGCUGCAGAAUUACAUAGAAGGAAAGGAUCAGGCAACCCACCCCACCCCACACCGGGUUGGGCACGUUGCUGGGUCUGGGAAGGGUCCAAGGGCUCUGAUUUGCGCGGCUCUCCAGAUUAGAGCCCCACUAAAGGCCAGGGGCGCUUGUGGGGCUCUGCCUGCCACCUGCCGGCGCCUCCCGGUACGACUGUCAGCACUGGCCUGAACGAAGUGCCUAGAGACAAGCAUCUUCAAUAGGAUCUGAAAACAAGACUCUAAAGAGAGUAAUAUGUAAGUGUUAAGGCAAAAAUGGGAAUUCUUAAUGGCAUUUGCAGCUGCACCCCAGAAAGCAACAUCAGAGGCAUCAGUCCUGCCUUUUGCAAAGCUGAAAGCUCCAGAAAAUUCCAACUGUUAUGGGUAACAAAUUACCCAAGAAAAGUCCUCAGGAACUGGAGAAAUACGAAGGAAUAGAAAAGGAGAAAAAACACAAGUAUUCACAUUUAAAAAGUGAUCUGGGCAAUAAAGUCACAGUGAGAUCCGUGUUUUAACCCUUCGACACAUCCCAAAUGGCUCAGCAGUCCCACCAAGAAUCAUAUUUACAAAAUGUAAGGCACUGCAACACUGCCCGAAAUGGCAAAAGAGGACAAAACAGCAUUAAUGCCAUCAGUAGAGGGCUGGCUGAAUAAAUUGUGGUGUACGCACAUAAAGGAAUGUUAAGUAGCCAACAGAAAUGAGGUUUAUAAGCUGCAUUUAUAGCACGCUUUCUAAGCUGUAUUCCUAGGUGAAAAAAGUAUGCUACCAUUUUUGUAAUAGGCACAUGCCUGUGUGCAUAUUGCUCGUAUGUGUUCAAAGCUCCUCUGGAAGGGCACGCAAGGAACCGCCUCUGGGAAGGACAACUGGGCGCUGAGGGACGGCUGGACUGACUUUUUUCAUUGACCAUACUCCCGUACUAUUUGAAUAUAUGCCAUUUGCAUGUAUUAUUUAUUCAAAUUAAAUCUUUUAAUGCCUCCUUAGGGAACAGAAGUUAUGGGGGUGGGGAUCUGAGGAGGGUUCUAUUAGCUAGGGCCUCCAAAGGCUAUUCUUGUCCACGAACAGUAAACACUGAGAGCAUACACACCCCCAACACAUAUACGUCGUUAAAUCAGGAUAACUGCCCGUUUUGAAGAUCAAAAUGGUUGAAGUGCAGCAACUGCUUGUGGUUCAACCUAACGUUUAUUUAUCAAGUAUCUACAUGUACUAAUGAAUAUUUAUGUAUAUUUUAUAACACAUUCAAAGUGACAACUAAAAAAGGCUGAGUCAGAAAAUACAUACAAAUUGAAGGCCUGAUAUGUGCCCCCCCAACCCCCUCCCAAGCCAUGGGCCAUCCUCCAUACCCUCCUCCUUGGGGACCACCGCCCUGCGCUGAAGCGGGGGUCAGAAUCAACACCACAGCCCAUCUUAGCAGUGAAAACUUUUACUCUACAGAUGGAGUGUUCCAAAGUGAAAAUUGUUUCCAAUCCUGAAUCCAGUUCACUUAGAAAAUUCAGACACGGUAACAUUUACACGAACACAGGAAUGAGAAUCCCAGUGCCUUCUCAGUCACCUUCCCAGGACCCGCGCAGGGCAGCAGCCCGGGGAAGGACGUGCAUACAAAGGCGCACGCUCACGCUCACGCUCACGCUCCACUCGGGCCCUGUGCAGUGGCCCUGGCAGCGGGCUGCAGACGUGCAUUUUUACACGCAGUCACGCCUCAGUAGUUGGGAGUGAGGCUGAGGGGCAGAGAAGUCAGAAUAGAAGCAAAAACUAGGUCGCAGUGUUUCAAAACAGCGCAUUUACUCCUUUCAAAGUUAGGCCAUUUAAAUACUUGUUUCCAUUCCCUUAUUCAUCACACAGGUCAAGGUAUCAACAAUCCUCCUUGUAGGAUACUUACAGACUAUUCUAUAGCACCCGAAGGCUCCAUUUCUCAAAGCACUCCAGAGGCCCCCAAGACACGGACAGCAGCUCUGAACGCCCGUGCUCUCGGCCCACCGGCCCUUCCCCUCUCAGGCCCUCCUGUUGGUCCCACAGCGCCGCCGGUCUUCUCCUUUGCGGGUUGUCCCUGCUCUCCAUCUUCCCUUGCAGGGUCUGAUGCUAUUUAGAACAUUUGGAGUUUCAACAAAAUAAACGAUUUCCUGGAAGAGCAAGCAUACUUAAGACUCCCUCGGGAGCCAUGUACAGUCACCAUCGUCCUAGAAGACAUGAAAUAGAACUACCAAGGGCCUGGAUUUUUUUAAAUGCCUUAUAACCACCAACAGGAGCAAAGGACAACUUCUUCCCAUUGUGGAGAUGAGAAGGCUAAAGGCCUAAAGCAAAAUACUAUUCCCGACCCCAAUUAUCAGGUGAAGGCCUGCUUAGAAGGGGUCCUGGCAGCCAUUCUGGCAGGGUCACUGGUCACAUCUAAGUUUGUCAGACUAACUUAGUUAAUAACCAAAGUGACAAAUAUCACAAGCAUGGUAGGCAUCUCUUAGGGUUUCUGCCUAAAUCUCCCCAAUUUAGAGAACAUAAGCAGUCUCUUGAGACUUAAAUAUCUUCAAUCUGUGGCCAGCUUACAGGAAAACUUUGGAGGUCCCCUAAUCAAUGACUGAAAACUAUACAGAGAAAAUAAGUAUAAAGCAAGCAGCCUACCUCUAACCAUGAUCAUAGACAUACGUGUGUAUUCAUAUACACAGGUAUGUUUUUACAUAACACAGCUUUUUAAGAGCAAUCCCACCAGAUCUCAAGCAAAUGUCAAACUAUGAGAGAAAUAUUCUCAGGUUUCCUGUGUGCUCUCCUCUGGGCCACGGAGACUGCAGGAAGCCCCACUUCUCUCUCCCGGGAAAGGAGAGAAACUGACAAAGGAGGGAACAGAUGUCUUCUGGUCCCCAUGGUUUUUAGCUUUAUAAUUGUUUUUCUCUUUUUUUAAGGAACAAUCUAAAUAUAAGAAACUAUUUUCUUAAAAACCCUGGGAUUGGAGUUCUGCUACCAAAGACAUCUAAUUAGCCACAGAGUCCAAAAAAAAAAAAAAAAAAAAAGUUUAUUU